AUUAGCCUGUGUAAGGAGAUUUGUGUUAAGCUGCUAUCAGCCUGAGAUCUGCCUGACUUUCAUCGCCUCUGAAUGGAGUCCUAUUCUGGGAUUGUCUGGCUUCUCCCGGAACCUCUGAGCUGCCCCAUGGAACGAAUAGUUUAAGCCUCCCAGCCUUUUAUUUGUCCCAGUGGCGAACCAGGUUUUAUUUUUUUGCAAGGACCUCCUGUUGGUGUACACAUUAAUUCUACCCAUGUCUCUGCACGGACUGUUAAAGGAUGGGCAAGAAACUCAUUACAGCAUCUUUACCCAACUCAGCCAAUUCAUUCAGAGUCUUUCUGCUACUGUUCUGGGCUCGCUGCCUAGGGGAAACUGGAAAACAAGCUCUCGGCCAGAAUGGUCUGAUGAAAUCAUGCAGCAAGAGACCAGUCCAUUGUGUGCUGUGGAUAUUAAAGAGGUUAUAAAGAAGCAGUUUGCUUACCUAUCAGGAGGUAGAGGAGAAGAUGGCUGCCCCAUCAUCACUUUUCCUGAAUAUCCAUCCUUCAGUGAGAUCCAAGAGAGAGAAAUUCAUGAUGUCCUCACCUACCUCACCAGCAUUCCCAGCUUACAAGCUGCUGGGGUUGGAUUUAUCCUCAUCAUAGAUCGAAGACAAGACAAAUGGACCUCUGUGAAAGGCACCCUGCUGAGCAUAGCGGGGUCCUUCCCAGGGAUUCUGCAGCUCAUCCUGGUGCUUCGUCCCACUGGGCUGUUCCAGCGAGCUCUCUCUGACAUCGUCUUCAGAUUCAACAAAGAUGAGUUUAAGAUGAAGGUACCGAUCAUCAUGUUGAGCUCAGUAACAGAAUUACACACUUACAUCGAUAGAACCCAGCUAACCCAGGAGCUUGGCGGUACUCUGGCAUAUUGCCAUGAUGAGUGGCUUUCUCGUCGGACGGCGAUUGAAGGUUUUGCCCUAAUGGUAAAAAAGACGGCUCAAAUGCUUCAGUCUUUUGGGACUGAACUUGCGGAAACUGAACUGCCAAAUGAUGUGCAGGCAACCUCGAGCCUUCUUGAGGUACAUACAGAAAAGAAAGAGAAGAUGAAGGAAGAUUUGAGGCAAGCCCUAAACCAAGGACAUGGACUUCUUGAAAGCAUUAAUGAGCCAGUCACGAAGGAUCCAGGUUACAUACUGAACCAGGAUGAGCUGGAGAAUCUGGCCACUGUGGAAAGGCUGCUCGGUCAGUUAAAUGAGACUGAAACCGCGUUUGAUGAAUUCUGGGAUAAGCAUCAAAGCAAGCUUGAGCAGUGCCUGCAGCUCCGCCAUUUUGAGCAGAGUUUCCGGGAGAUCAAGGUGCCAUUAGAUCUUGUAACUGAGCGCCUGGCUGCAUUCACAGACCCAGGAAACUGCACCACACACGUGGAGCACAUUCUGCGAGACUUUAGUAGUCAUGAAGAGCAAACCUGUGAGGUAUUGGACCAGGCGAAGGACCUGGCAUCGGAAGGGGAUCAGCUGAUCCAGAACAAUCAUUAUGCUGUGGACUCCAUUCUCCCCAAAUGCAACGAGCUGAGACGUGUGACUGAGGAUCUCGCCUCGGAGAUGCAGCUGAGGAAGGCUUUUCUCCACAAGUGUUUGGAGUUGCACCAGAGUCUUGAAAAGGCUGCCCAGUGGUGUGAUGAAGGGAUCUACCUGCUGGCUUCACAGCCGGUGGACAAGUGCCAGUCUCAGGAUGGAGCCCAGUCAGCCCUGCAGGAGAUUGAGAGGUUCUUGGAGGCUGCCGCUGACAACAAGCUCCAAGACCUUGAUACAAUCACCAGCGACUAUGAAUCGAUACUUAACCAGGAGUUCAGCGAACAUGUGCAGAAGGUGCUCCAGAAGCAGGAGGGGAUGCAGGAAAUGUUUGAGAAGCGGCGUGUGAGCCUGAAGAAGCUGGCCGCCAAGCAGACCCGACCUGUUCAACCGGUGGCACCCAGGCCUGAGGCUUUCAGUAAAUCUCCUCACUCAUCCCCAGGGCUCCGCAGAGGCUCUGAAAACACAUUCUCCCCAGACAAAGACGCCUUGCGCAGGCUAAACUACCAAAAAGGGGGAUGUAAGGAAAGCAGGACUGAGUCUAUAUCUGAGGAAGAGGAAAGCCUAGCAGUACUGCGAAGACAUGUGAUGAACGAGCUGAUUGAAACCGAGAGGGCCUAUGUGGAAGAGUUGCUGUGUGUACUUGAGGGAUAUGCAGCAGAGAUGGAUAACCCUGUGAUGAUGCAUCUUAUACCAGCGGCACUGCAGAAUAAGAAGGAGAUUCUCUUUGGUAAUAUGACAGAAAUCUACCAAUUCCAUAAUAGGAUAUUUCUAAGGGAGCUUGAAAGUUACAUCCACUAUCCAGAACUUGUAGGAAGGUGUUUUCUUGAAAGGAUGAAAGAUUUACAGAUUUAUGAGAAGUACUGCCACAAUAAACCCAGGUCAGAAAGCUUGUGGAGGCAGUGCUCAGACUGUGUCUUCUUUCAGGAAUGCCAGAAGAAGCUAGAACAUAAAUUAGGUUUGGACUCGUAUUUAUUAAAACCCGUACAGAGGAUAACGAAAUAUCAGUUAUUAUUAAAGGAGUUGUUGAAGUACAGCAAAAACUGUGACGGGUCUGAGGAUCUGCAGGAGGCCCUCACCGCAAUACUGGGGAUCCUGAAAGCCGUCAACGACUCCAUGCACCUGAUCGCCAUUACUGGAUAUGACGGAAACUUGAAUGAUCUUGGCAAGCUGUUAAUGCAAGGAUCCUUUAACGUGUGGACGGAGCAUAAAAAGGGACACUCGAAGGUGAAGGACCUGGCCCGUUUCAAGCCCAUGCAGAGGCACCUCUUUCUGCAUCAGAAAGCCCUGCUGUUCUGCAAGAGGAGAGAAGAGAACGGGGAAGGAUACGAGAAGGCACCUUCCUACAGCUUCAAACAUUAUUUAAAUAUGAGUGCUGUUGGAAUCACAGAGAACGCAAAGGGAGAUUAUAAAAAGUUUGAAAUCUGGUGUAAUGCAAGGGAGGAAGUUUACAUUGUACAGGCUCCAACACCAGAAAUAAAAACAGCAUGGGUAAAUGAAAUCAGGAAGGUGCUAACUGGCCAACUGAAUGCAUAUCGCGAAGCAAGCCAACAGAAGUCUUCAGAACAGGUGUUUCAGUCUCCUGGAGCUGGUAUACCUGUUAGUUCAAGUAGUCCUUUUAAGAGUUAUCAAAAAAAUAACAAGAAAUCGGAUGAGAAAAAGAGUGAACCAGCCAGCCCAGAUAGCUGCUUUGGUUCUGCUACUUCCCCAAAGUACCCAGAAAGAGAUGAAGCCACAACUAGCCCUACCUCAGAGCGCUCUGCAGUGUCUAAACGUUUUACUUUGCAGGGCUUCAGUAACCUUAAGAAUCAGAAAGAAUCUCCACCUCCCACAGUUAAAAGUCGAACGUUACCAAUCGCACUUCUUUCAAGACCAGGAUCUCCUACUAGCCCUGACACUAAAGCAAAACGGCACGAGAUCAAGAGCGAUCCAACGCCGUUUGGCUUUAGAGUUUGGGGUAAAGCAUCCCAAUCGCUCGAUGCAUCUGAAGAAAAUGACGGGUAUUCCAGCGCAGAAGAUCCACUCAAUUCCUCGGACACAGAGGAGGAGGCGGCAGGUAAAAAGCUGAGUCCUGGUAAAUAUACAGUAGUAGCCGAGUACGACAAAGGAAACGCAGGUGACCUGACAGUGAAAAGCGGAGAAAUGGUCCAGCUGAUUCGGGAAGGAGAAGAUGGGCAAUGGUAUGUUAAGAACCUCAAUACCAACAAAGAGGGGUGGGUUUCUGCUGCAAACCUGCUGGCAAUGAUAGGGGACUCCAAAUCUUCGCUUUCUUUGUGUAGCUCAGAAUCUGGCACUGUUUCUAGUAACCUGAGCACAUCCUCCAGCUGCAGUGAGAGUUGCACAGCCAGUAACACCAGCAUCUCUGAUAUCAAGGGCUAAGGACCGGCCUCAUCUAUCGAUUCCUGGGAAGGUUCUGGCAGUUGCUUUGACAGCCUAUUAACCUUCAGACUGAAGGAAUUAACACUGUCAUAUAUGUGAACCAGUGCAGCCUGCCCACACUUAAGUGCUAACUAUCGGUUUUCUGCUGGAGCUAUGCGAUAUUUGCGUGAGAGACUUAACCUACUUUAACAGGAGCCUCUGGGGACAGAUGAUUCGCAAUGAGUGAACCAGCAUUGUGUGUGUUUGUUUUCUUUCUUUUUUUGUAUGUGUGAUAUAUGGAACAAAUUUAAAAUAAAAUAUGACAACAUACAUAUUUUUCCACAAAGCUGCCCCCCCCCCCCCCAAAAAAAAAAAAAAAAACUUGAAGGAUGCAACAACCUAAAUAUUUUCGCAAGGUGCAAGCUCUUCUGAAAAAAUUUUGUUUUGGAAAUGCAGUAUCGCAUGUACAGCACUGUGUAUAUAUCUAUAUUUUUGUUUGAGCACAUUGAAGUACUAAGGGAACAGGUCUACACUCCUCUCAAGCCAUUCCAGUUUGGUCCUCUGGCACACUGUAUACUGUUAACAACUGCAGCAGUAAAAAGGCAUUCCUAGCCUCUGUUUUGAAAGCUUUUUGAUUGCAAAGAGGAUUUGAAACCUUUGACAAACCUUUCAAGACACUAAGAGAGAUGUCUAGUGUCUUAAGUAAGAAUUUUCGUUAUUUUAGUAUUGAUGAAUAUGCUACAAUUGGGUUGUUCUUUUUCUUUUUUUUUACGCAAACCUAAUUAACCUUCUAAACAGCCACAGUUUACAAAGUGAGUGGUUGAUACUUGUUUUAUUUUGCUGUGGUGUACACACUGCAGUUGUAUACUGUACUUGACAUUGCUUCCUCGUUUAUUUUUUUAAGGCAAUUUUGUCAAGGGACGUUCUUUUGCUGCUUUUUGUGUAACAUUUUGAAGCAGAUGUCGUCUAAUUUAUUUCUUGUUGAACAAAAAUCCAUAAGGGAAAAAUCUGGUUAUUCUUACUUAGUUGAUGUGUUUUUUGGGGGUUUUUUUUCCCCAGACAUGUAGUAUUGAUAUAAGGCGGGGGAAAAAAAAAAAGAUUAAAACUUUAUAGUUAAAGGGUGGAAAUCUUUACUGACAUACAGUCUCGGUUAUGCGUUGUACAUCACUUGUCAUGCAUCUCUCUGUGUAUAAUGCAAGGCCACAUCUUUCAUACAGCUGCCUUUUCUCAACCACACUUGCAAGAGAGGAAUACCACAAAUGCAUUAUCAGGAAAUUCACGCAAUUGUAGAUCUUGUGCUUUUCUAAAACAAAUAACAAGAUACAUAUCUGGUCUUGCCCAGAAAAGCCAUUUUAUAGCUUAAUUACUGCCAUUCUAGAGCUGGUAAACCAAGCAAUGGUGGCAUUCUCAACCGUGCGGUUUCUAGUGGAUGAAAUACAGUGUCCUGUUGAAAUUGACUGUCAAUGGAAGUUGUUUUGUAUGCAAAAAUGCUUAAAUUGAAUAAAUGAAUCCAAAAUGCAACUGCUGAAAGGACUUUUAAAUGAUUUGCACAAGUGAUGUUUAAUUCUUAACCUUCAGAGUUGUAUAUGACAGUAAUAUUGUAAAUGUAUGUUUCUGUUGCAACUUAAUAAUUCUGCAGGUCUGAUUUGUAGUGUAAUGGAUUGAUACCUGCUUAAGGUUUCAGAUUUGUGAAAAUGAUUUCUGUUUGCUGCUUUUGUAUAGUUCUUGUAUAAGUACACUUAAAGCUGCAAUAUCCCUGCAAUCCCACAUCCAUUACUUUUACACUACAAAACUUAUUUGUGGGUGUCUAAUGUAUUCUUGUAUAGUUCAGCUUUCAGUAUGUUGUGCUUUAUCAGAAACAUUGACAAACUGAAUUUGACGUUUGUAUCUGUACAAACCCAAGCUCGCUUUUAAUAAAUGCUUGCAUCUACAGUAAAGUACUGUAAGCCAACAGACAUUGAAAAGGACACUUGUCAAAUCUGUCUACUAGGCAUUUACUUUGUUACGGACUUAAAUUGAAACACCUGUUUUAACACUGACAAGAAGAUAGUAACCUUAUUAAACAUUCAAUUAUUUUAUUACCUGUAGGGGACAUUGUUAAUUUAUUUAAACAAACAAGAGAUGACCCAUUUACAGUGAAAGAAAUGUCCACUAAUGUGAUGUAUUUUUAGGGUUUAUUUCCUUUGAUUUGCACUUGCAAGGUCAUUAUGUUUUCAUUGCACUUUAUGCAGCACAUUGCAGCAAAUUUUCAUGUUUUUUUUUUUUUUUUUUUUUGAUUAAAUGAAUUUAAUAAAUAUAUUGUAUGGAUGUAUAACUUGAUUAAAUUCCAGUAAUAUAUGCUGGACUUUGCAAUCAAUGCUUUGUGGUGGAUCUGUUAUUCUUUCUGUUGCAUUACAAAUGUGUAUAUAUACAGAUGGAGUAGGAUUUUAUUUUGACGAACAUUUCUGAUAAACCAAACAAUUUACUUAAACAGUAUAAAACUAGCAGUAAGAUCUGUGAAUAUUAAUUGAACCGCCCUUUCGAGCAAGUAAGUUGCAUAUUGCUAGUUCAGUAUAAUCAAAUUGAGCUAAUUUAUUACUAUCAAAAACUAUUCUGGAAAACCUGAUUUACCCACUGUGGCAGAGCAAAGCUCUGCCCUUUAAAUUGGCAGGGAUGGGGUUAACUUCCCCUACCUGC